CAAAAAUCAGUCCUUGUCUACUCUAGAUUCUAUGUCGCCUGCUCCGCUAUUCCUGACCCUGCCCGGCGAGGUGCGAAACCUCAUUGUCGAAUAUGCGUUCGUCCAGGAUCUCAGCGCGUCACCCCUACCUGUGUCACGAUCACCAUUGGCUCUAUCGCUCGUCUCUCGUCAGCUAUUUCAUGAAUACCACACUGUCGCAUUGUCUGCAACAGUCUUCACUAUUCGCUGUCGGCGACUGAGCGAGCUUCCGAUCGUGAUCAAUAAGAUGCCGCCAAUGGUCCGUUCCCAUCUGAAGAAGCUGUUAUUGUCCGGCAAGUUCAAUCUCUCCGCUUCACAACGCCUAGGGGGCUUUCAGGGUAUCGAUCUAAGCGACGCGGGUCUGACUGGUGUACGAGAAUUACACUUCAGUCCGUCGACAGAUACGAUAAGGCGAGAUCACCCAUGUUUAAACCCACGUAUUCUGGGACAGGUAAUUUGGAGGACAGUCGUUGGCAACGCAUGCUUGGAAACGAUUUGCGUGGUUCACAAGAAGAGUAGAUCUUACCCUAUCGAGGCCCUUUCCCAAUUGAUGGAGAUGGAACAACUUCGGUGUGCCUCAGAUAACUGGACUGUCUUGGUCAACAGUUCCCAGGAUACAUCACGAAGUUCAAUGGAUUUCGACGAAAAUUCGGGGUAUAGAUGUGAUAGAAUCAUUUUGAGGCACAAACCGGAGGGCAGACAGGUCAUAAUCGCGUUUAGGCAGGACGCCGCCAAGAAAGACAUCUCGUCUCGAGUGCGUGAGAAGUUGCUGGGAAUAGAAGACGCACGUUGAAUAAAUGGGCAGUUGGCGUGUGUUGCACAAUGCGCCAACCCUUCAAAUUGCGGUUCGUCAAAUGUCCUCGUAUCCUGCUCAGUUUCUGGUUCUGAUUCGGCUCCGUCGAGGGCUCAGUAGAAAAACGUGUAAGGACAACCCCUAUCAAUAGUUACCGUAACUGCUCGAUCAAGUGUCACCUGAAGGUGCAGUGAUCACAAGUAGUGGAGAAUCAAUCGCGUUACUUGGUUCACUCAGUCCAUCCAUCGACGUGGACGUAAUGGCGACCUAAUCAUCGACAAUAUUCAACAGAUCCGCGUACUAUAUUGCCGUACUUUGAAACCAAAAGGCUAGAGUGGCAAUGAGCUGCUAAGUCCCCU